CUUCUCUGCAAGAAGGACCCCAAGACAUCGGCAAGAUGAAACUUGUACUCCUGGCUCUGUUCGUUGUGGUGGCUUCUGCCAAAUUGCACAAGAAGAACACUGGUGAGUGGCGUACUGUCGCUCUAGCCGCUGACAAUAAAGAGAAGAUUGAAGAAAAUGGGCCACUCAGAGGCUUCUUGAGAGACAUCGAGUGUCUUGACAAACAAUGUAACUCUGUCACCUUUACGUUCUGGAUGAUAAACAACGGAGUGUGUACGAAGGUUGCCGCAUUCGGAUACAAAGCACCUGGUUCUGAGAAAUACACCACUGCUUUCGAAGGACAAAAUUACCUCACUUUCUGCUAUCAAGGCAAGAACGUGUUGGCCAUCUGUUUCCGGAACACCGAUGAAACUGGAACCGUCACAAAUGUGGUUGAAGCUGCUAUAAGACCUGGCUAUGAACCCACUGACGCCGAUCGCGAAAUCUACAGAAACUUGGUAAAGGAACACGGUAUUCCCAUAAAAAACAUCAUUCCUCUCCAAUCCGCAGAUACCUGCCCUCAGUAAGAACACCUGUUGGACAUCUCCAGAUUGUGAUGACAGAAAGCAACAGCAUCUCAGAUACCCGAAUCAUGAGUCAAAUUGUAAUUCCUUCUUUCCCACUAUCAUCAUGACCUCAGCCUGCGUUUUUCUCUUCCUUCCUUUCCCACACGCUUUUGUAUCCCAUUGGAUGCCUAAAUUAAUAAACUGAUUAUUCUAUG